UCAACCUCUGGAGAGAUACACUGGGUGUUAACAUGUCAGAAGACACCGGCUGUGAGUUUGACAUCGACGUGGAGAGCCUGGAGGUGGAGGUCGACGACCCGGCGGACUGCCUGCACCCUGAGGCCGCCUCCGAGGACGAGGACGGGCCUGUGAAGAGCCAGGACCAGCCGGGAGCAGGUGUCUCAGGCCCGGGAGAACAGAGGAAGCUCAGCCGGACUCCCAAGUGCGCUCGGUGCCGCAACCACGGCGUGGUGUCCUGCCUGAAGGGCCACAAGCGCUUCUGCCGCUGGAGGGACUGCCAGUGCGCAAACUGCCUGCUGGUGGUGGAGAGGCAGCGCGUGAUGGCGGCGCAGGUCGCCCUGAGGAGGCAGCAGGCCACCGAGGAUAAGAAAGGAAUAUCUGGAAAACCGAUCUCAGCAGAGAGGAGGACGAUAUAUCAGCGGCACAUUCGACCGUCCACCAUGCUCGCCAAAAGCAUCCUAGAAGGAUAUCGUCCGGUACAGUCUGAUCCCUUCCUGGCGGCCAACCAAUCUCUCCCCCCGCCGCUGAGCGACCGCAUGAGGAAGAGGAGGGCCUUCGCCGACAAGGAGCUGGAAACCAUCAUGCUGGAGCGGGAGUACAAAGAGCGGGAGAUGCUGGAGAACAGCCAGGCGGCCUCGCUCAUCUUCCCCAACGGCAUGGCUCACCACGCCGCCGCCGAGUACAACUACAAGACGUCCUACUCGCCGGCAGCUCAGGCCGAGCCGCAGCCCAAAGACCUGUGCAACUUCCUCGGCCCGAACUGCCUGGAUCUGUCCAUGCAGUACCCGGCCGGCUCCGCCAACGUGGAGCUCAUCUCCAACGUCAGCGUGGCCACCACCUACCGACACUACCCGAUGCAGUCGUCGCGGGGCUUCAUGAUGUGGCCCCGCGGGGCGGCCAACCUGGGCGACGCCCUGCUCUACCAGCAGUGCCUGUUCAACGCCACGGCGGUGCAGAACAUGAAGCCCAGUGCGGUGUGGGAGCCAAAAGCGGUGCCCGUCGAGAGCCAGCCGCCUGAACAGGAGGCCGCCGCUGCAGCCAAGCUGGACGGAUCCAGAGCAGCUGCGCUUCCGGACUCCUCGGACCCCCAACGGGCUGAUCCCAAACCCCCCGGUGUUACCCAGAGGGGGCCGCGGGAGCGCUCGGCCUUCUCUCCGCCCAAAAGGAGCUUUGGACAAUCCUUCCCCAACAACUCUCAUUCCCAAAACUCCGGCCAAGUUCUAAACAAGCUGAGCAAGGACAGCGCGAAGCUCUCCAUGAAACUCAACUCCUUUCACUCCCUCAUCCAGCACUCGCUGGGGGAGAAAUCCAGCGGCGGGGCCGGGCUGGAGCUCAGGGCGCCGUACUGCAAAGAGCUCUUAGAGGAGGCCGCACGGAAGUUCAGGGAGGGCUCCGCCAAGGACAUUCAGGCCGUGAAAAUCACCGACAGGUACGCCAAAGACUUUCUGUCAAAGCCUGUGGGGACCAAGAUGGCGUCCAGUGAGUCUUUGUCCUUCUCGGUGGAGGCCAUACUGAAGAGGCCCACGCCUGCCAUGAGUCGAGCAUUCCAUUAA